ACGUUUUCUCUCUCUAACUUAUAUUAACACGCUCUUCAAUGUUUUCACUACCAACUCUGUAUACUUAACCUGUUUGGCAGCCUAGGUGAUAACUGCAGUAGUUGUCCAAUCGUCACCAAAUCACAUUGGCGGCCAUACAAGAUGUAUAUUUCGUAUAGGAGUCAAUUUACGGUUUUCAAAAUGAGGUCACCGAUGUUAAUAUUUUUUGUGCUAAUUGCUGCUGUUCUAUCGCAAGAAGAAGCCGAUAAAUUUAGGCUACCUAAUAAUAUGAAACCACUAAGUUAUCGACUCGAUAUCAUCACUCACUUAAAUGAAGGUAAUUUCAGAUUUGAAGGUGCAGUCGAAAUAAAGAUUACUUGCAUAGAAUCUACUAAUACAAUAAUACUACAUUCUGCCAAUCUUACAAUAGACAACACAGGAGUAGUGAUUACAAAUGGAGGUGACAAAGCGUAUCAAGUUAAUAGCGUGACUUUGGACCCAAGCAAAGAGUUUAUGUAUGUGCAAUCUUCCGAAAAAUUCAAGGCUGGAGACGAUUAUAUACUCACUAUACCAUUUUCAGGCAACCUUACUGAUAGUUUAGUGGGCUACUACAAAAGUAGUUAUGUGGAUAGAGAGACUAACAAGACUAAAUGGAUUGCUGUUACACAAUUUGAGCCAGCGGACGCAAGGAGAGCUUUCCCGUGUUUCGAUGAACCUGCACUAAAGGCAACUUUUAAGAUAAGAUUAGGACAUCACAAAGAUUUUUCAUCGGCUAGCAAUAUGCCCCUCAAAGAAUCUACGGCUUUUCUUUCAUAUCCGGAUUAUGUGUUGGAUGAAUUUGAAGACUCUGUACCAAUGUCUACAUACUUAGUUGCCUAUAUGGUCACAGAUUUUAUCUACAUUGAUGGAGUAAGCGACGAGGGAGAUUCAGUUAAAUUCAGAAUUGUUGCAAGAAAAGACGCAGCUGAUCAAACCGAUCUUGCCAAAACUGCUGGACCUUUAGUUCUAAAAUAUUAUGAAGAAUAUUUUGAUGAAAAGUUUCCACUGGCUAAACAAGACAUGGUGGCUAUACCUGAUUUUAAUGCUGGAGCUAUGGAAAAUUGGGGCCUUAUUACUUAUCGGGAGACAGCUCUUUUACUAAAUCCAAAAUUAGCAACUAUCGGUAAUGUACACCGUGUGGCUUCGGUUGUCGCCCAUGAACUUGCACAUCAAUGGUUUGGAAACUUAGUUACAAUGAAGUGGUGGACUGAUUUAUGGUUGAAUGAGGGAUUUGCAACAUACGUAGCAGCACGAGGAGUAGAUUAUUUGUACCCAGAAUGGAAUUGUUUCCAAGUAGAAACAGCUGAAAAUUUCUUAGAAGUGUUAGAUCGUGAUUCAUUAAAUUCGUCGCAUCCAGUAUCAGUCCCAAUAGGGCAUCCAGAUGAAAUUUCCCAAAUUUUUGAUGCCAUAUCGUACCAAAAAGGUUCCUUCUUGUUACAUAUGAUGAAUACGUUUCUAGGAGAGGAGUCAUUCAAAACAGGUAUUCGAAAUUACAUCAACAAAAACAAAUAUUCGAAUGCAGAACAAGAUGAUUUAUGGAACUCGAUGACUGAAGUAGCACAUGCAGAUGGUAGUUUGCCAAAUAAUAUUACAGUAAAAAAAAUAAUGGAUACGUGGACACUUCAAACAGGAUAUCCUGUCUUAAGAGUUGUUCGAGAUUACAACUCAAACGCAGCUAUCUUAUCACAAGAAAGAUUUUUAUCAUCAAAAUCAAGUGAAAACCAAAAAAGUUGUUGGUGGAUACCUUUGACUUUGACCACUUCUUCUAACCCUGACUUUUCUCAGACGAAGGCGAAUUCGUGGUUGAACUGUAACGAAAAAACACAGUCUAUAUCUUUGGCUAAAGAAGAUAAAUGGGUUAUAUUCAACUUGCAAAUGGCGGGUUUGUAUAGAGUAGCAUACGAUAUAAGAAAUUGGAUGGAAAUAAUAGCUACUUUAAAUGAUCCCCAAGAUUUCCAAAAGAUUCAUGUAUUAAACAGAGUACAGUUAAUUGACGAUGCAUUAAGUUUUUGUAAAAAAGGUGAAUUGGAUUAUGGAGUUACUUUUCAACUUUUAAAAUAUUUGAGACAUGAAACUGAGUAUCUACCGUGGAUGGCAGCAUUAAAUGGACUUGCUCCAAUCAACAAAUUAAUGAGAAGAACGCCUAAUCAAGGAAUUUAUCAAAGUUACAUGCAGCGAAUGAUUUCACCAGUUUACAGUCGUUUUCGAGAUAUGUCUGAAGAACUAAAAGGAUACGAACCCGUUCUUUUUAAAAAUCAUGUAAUAUCAGAAGCUUGUCGGAACCGAAUGAAGGAUUGUUCAGAUCAAGCCUUGUCGCUAUUUAGGAAAUGGAUGGAGUUAAGAGAUUUAAAUGACGAAGAUAGUACCAAUAAUAUAAUACCAAAAGAGCUUAAAACAAAUAUUUAUUGUCAAGCAGUUAAGUACGGAAGUAUGGAAGAAUGGGACUUUUUAUGGGAAAGAUACCUGCGAUCAAAUGUGGCUACUGAAAAAGCUAAGUUACUUUCAGCAUUGGGAUGUAGUUCUGAGACUUGGCUACUUAAUAGAUAUUUGAAUUGGACAAUCGGAGAAAAUUCUAUUAUUCGUAAACAAGAUGCAAUUACUGUAUUUUCUUCAGUCGCUAGUGGCGAUGUUGGAUUUUAUGUAGCAAAAGACUUUUUGUACCGAAGAAUCGACGACAUCUACAAAUAUUUCCAACCCCGAGGUGAUAGAAUUGGUAAAUAUGUAAGCAUAAUCGGAUCACAAAUGAAGACUAAAGAAGAAUUAAUUGAAAUUCAAAAUUUUGUAAAUAACAACAAAUUUUACUUAAGAGAAGCUGAUAUAUUGAUUAAGCAGACCAUUGAAACAGUUUCAGCUAACGCUAAUUGGACCGACACAUUUUACAACAAAAUUAUUAGUCAUUUAGUAACAUUUUAAAAUUAAUUAAAGUUGUUCGACGUCUGACUUAUUUAAAUAUUUAUACGAGGUUGACAAGUAUAUUAAAAGGUAGUCAAUUUUUCUAUAAAUAAAUUAUUUAUUUUUACUUACUUACACAACAUAUUUCGUUUUUGUAAGACAAGUGAUUUUACGGUUUGAAUCAAACCAAAUUAAAAAAAAAUUAAAAUCACAAAACAUUUUUUACUUUGUCAAAAACUAUCUUUUAAUUUUAUUAUUUAUACAUCUAUGUACAUAUACUACAUGCCUGACUAUCAUUAUAUAGUAUAAAAAAUAUUUUAAUUACUAAUAAAUACAUAUAUUUUUAUGAAUCUUUUGUAAAUUUUUUUAUUUGAAGAAGACUUGAUUAUUAGGAAAUAUUUUUUAAUUUAACUAAAUAAAUAAUUUUCCUAUUA